CGUUUAUAGCAAGCCUUGCGGAGAUAUCGGGCUCUUCUGCGCUAUGCCCCAAUUGACAUGCAUUUCUCGGCGGUUCGGUGAGCCUCCGGCGCCGACAACAUGCAUCCGGACGAAUGCCUGAUCCUUUUGAGGAUGAGGGAGCGCGUGUGCCUGCCGCCUUGUUUCGAGACUACGUCGCAGCCCCAUCCACCGGGUAUAUAAAGGUGUGCGGUGGUAGCAUUCACAUAUCAAACGGCCUCCGCAACACGCAUUGAGGCACUUCAGAAUGUCAGAACAACGUUCCACCGACGAAAUGAUCAACGCCUACAGGGACUCGGCGCACACGGGGGACCCAAGCCCGGAGCACCUUCCAUGGUAUGUCAAGGAGGUGCAAGACCUGGACCCGAAGGCCCAGGAACUGUUCGAGAAAUAUAGUAAAGUGCCUGCCGAUGAAGUGGCAGCGCACAUCAAGAAAUGUAGAGACACUGCUUUCAAAGUCUACCCCUACCCCUGCCUUGGCCGCUUUGCGUUCCUCGAGCUGAGCAUCAGCCUGUCUCCCAAAUACCCAGAGAUACUCCAGCGUAUCAAGAAUGGUGACAAGUACCUUGACAUCGGCUGCUGCGUGGGCCAAGACAUCCGCAAGCUCGCUUCCGACGGAGCCCCGUCCGAGAACAUGUACGGCUCGGACCUGCAGCAGGAGUUCAUGGACAUCGGCUACGAUCUGUUCCUCGACAAGUCAACCCUGAAGUCGACGUUCAUUGCAGCAGAUAUCCUGAAUCCGGAAUCUGGUCUGAAGCAACUGGAAGGCCAGAUCGAUAUCAUCCAUGCCGCGUCCUUCUUCCAUCUCUUCGACUGGGAUGAGUCCGUGACGGCGAUGAAGCAAGCAGUCAGACUGUUGAAGGCCAAGCCUGGAAGUAUGCUGGUUGGGCGCCAGAUAGGCAACGCUGAGGCGGGUGCUCGUGCCGGCAGCCGCACAAACAAGCAGAGGUACCGGCAUAACCAGGAGUCCUUUGAGAAGAUGUGGAAGCAGGUUGGCGAAGAGACGGGCACCAAUUGGAAUGUUGACGCUCGCCUCUCGUCCGAAGAUCUGUUCAAGUUGGGCUUGGCGGCUGGCGUCAAGGCCGAUUUCAUUCCUCCUGACACGCGGUGGUUGAGCUUCACGGUGACUAGGGUGUAGAGCGGACAGGCAUGGCUAGAAGAGCUGCCAUUCAACAUCAGUUGGGUAGAUAAAAUGCUGUUUCUUAGCAUCUACGUCUCAGUCAAUAGAAGAGCAU